AUGCCUUUAAGCAAACUUCGAUACCGGAUAGAGAGGUCCAGAAUCGCGAAGGCAAAGGCACAUCUCCCUCGAGGUUCAUCUCGUCUUCGUCGAGAUGGCGGAGGUGUGAAUCAUUCACUCGACUUGCCGCCGAACCUCGCAAACACUAUCCACGGAAAGGCCGCCGCCAUGGAUAUAGGAGGAGAGGAACCUGAAAAUGAUGGCCACGAUGGCGCCAAGGGUCACGGAAACGACGAUAGUAGCAGCGAUGAGGAGGAUGGUAGCAGCGGCGACGACGAUGAUGGCAUGAGUGAUGACGAAGAAAAUCCCUUUGCGGAAGGUCUCCCAUCCGGCAGUCGUACAAUGGAGUCUUCGAGCACCAAUACGGCAGACAACCCAUUCCUCCCGAAGACAAGCACAACUGCAUCCAACGUGUCAACCUCUAUGCCGACAUCUACCGCACCAGCGGGCUCAGUGGGAACGGGCCCUACAGCUCCUGUCAAUGCUCCGGUUGUGUCGGGAACAUCAUCAUCAUCCACUGACAUCGCUGCUGCCACUGGAACAAGUGCAGCUUCAACAUCUAACAAUCAACCGACCGUCGAUACUUCCGUCCACCACCCGGCGAAUCAUACGGCACUUAUUGUGGUUGCUUCUAUCGUGGGAGUCUUUGCCAUCGCUACAGGAGUAUACCUGUUGUGUCGAUACUGCAAGCCUGUACGAGAUAGAAUCGCCGCGCUCCGCGCUCGACGUGUUCAAAGACUUCACGACCACGAGAAAGGCCCAAGCCCAGGCAUGUCCCAGGUCUCGACGGGAAUGACAGCACGCCCAAGGCAACAGGCACUUGCGAGCACUCCCAACCUCUUCAGUGAGAAAUCGGAGAACCCGUUCUCAGAUCAAGUACACCUUGCAAACAGCGAUGUGAGCCGCAACGGCCCAACUCUUCGACAAGUCAGCAUUGCCAGCAUCAAGAGACCACCCACUUGGUCCUCUAGUGACACUGACACCACUUACCCCGCUGACACCAUCUUGAAAGAAUAUGGUGCAGCGCCGUCUACGCCAGCUACACCACUUCCGGCGGUCCCCAAACUGCAUCCGACCGGUUUGGCUAACAAUCCACCGACACCGGUUAGAGGGAGACGGGCUCCACCACCUCCGCCUGUCUUACAGCAGCCUAUUCCGCGGCCCUUCGCUUCAGACCUUAUUGCAGGUCUGAAUAUACGCGAAAGCGUCUCCUCGCCCACACCAAGCGACUUCUCAGUGCCCGGUCCACCUGACUCCGUCGUGAGCGUGCCCCGCCCAUAUAGCCAGUACCAGCCUCGCAUCCGCAAGUCGAUCACACCGUCAGAGAGUGCGUCGAAUGGGCCAUUCUCACCACUUCCUAUGCCUGCCCUGCCAGCGGCGUUCGACUCACGCUGGAGCAGAAACUCCUCGAGUAUAAACGGACGAGCCACACAACUGACCCAGGACACGGCUAGUAGGAGAGCAAGCGGUGGAGAUCGCACGGCAAACGCCUUGCCACCACCAUUGCCGCUUGCUGUGAAGAGGUCGAGUGCUGGGUCGGUCGCGUCGUCCAUCCGGUCUAGUGGCGAUGAUGCUUCAGUGAAAGAUAUGACGCGGUGA